UGGCCACUCCGCUGGUGCUGCUGCCCAUCCCCUUCAGCCUCCCGCCCCAGGAAGGAAAAUGUCUCUUUGUCAUCCUGCUGAUGGCACUCUACUGGUGUACAGAGGCCCUGCCCUUGUCGGUGACUUCUCUGCUCCCCAUCAUCCUCUUCCCCUUCAUGGGCGUCUUGCCCUCCAGCAAAGUCUGCCCCCAGUAUUUCCUGGACACUAACUUUCUCUUCCUCAGUGGGCUAAUCAUGGCCUCUGCCAUUGAGGAAUGGAACCUGCACCGGAGAAUUGCCCUAAAGGUGCUGAUGUUCGUUGGGGUCCAGCCAGCCAGACUCAUCUUAGGAAUGAUGGUGACCACCUCCUUCUUGUCCAUGUGGCUCAGCAACACGGCCUCCACCGCCAUGAUGCUCCCCAUUGCCAAUGCCAUUCUGAAGAGUCUGUUUGGGGAGAAGGAAGCUGUCAGAGACCUUGGCUGGGAGAACGAAGAGAAUAUGGCUGCUGUCCAGAGAAAUGGCCUGUGCACCAUCCCCACUGAGAUGCAGUUUCUGGCCAGCACAGAGGACAAAGGCCUACCAGAGGAUGUUGAGGCCUCACCAGAGAUGGCCACUGACACAAAGAAGGAGGAGGAGUACCGAAGAAACAUCUGGAAGGGCUUUCUCAUCUCCAUCCCCUACGCAGCCAGCAUUGGAGGCACAGCUACCCUCACUGGCACCGCCCCCAACCUCAUCUUGCAGGGCCAGCUGAAGAGCUUUUUCCCACAGUGUGACGUGGUGAACUUUGGAUCCUGGUUUGUAUUUGCCUUUCCCCUCAUGCUGCUUUUCCUGUUCACCGGCUGGCUCUGGAUCUCCUUCUUAUACAGCGGCAUCAGUAUAAGGGGCUGGAGGACAAAAAAAUCAGAAAUCCGAGCAGAUGCUGAAGCUCGAGCCCGAGCUGUGAUAAGGGAAGAUUACCAAAAUCUGGGCCCAAUCAAGUUUGCAGAACAAGCAGUCUUCUUCUUCUUCUGUUUGUUUGCCAUUCUGCUUUUCACCAGGGACCCAAAGUUCAUCCCUGGCUGGGCCAGUCUGUUUUCCCCUGGAUUUCUUUCUGAUGCUGUCACAGGCAUCUCUAUCGUCACGGUGCUGUUCUUCUUCCCAUCCCAGAAGCCAGCUCUCAAAUGGUGGUUUGACUUGAAAGCUCCCAACACGGAGAUGGAGCCCCUGCUGACAUGGAAGAAGGCCCAAGAGGCGGUGCCUUGGAACAUCAUCCUCUUGCUGGGUGGGGGCUUUGCAAUGGCUAAAGGAUGCGAGGAGUCAGGGCUGUCAGCAUGGAUAGGUGGGCAGCUGCAUCCCUUGGAGAAUGUGCCACCAGCCAUUGCAGUCCUGCUUAUCUCUGUGGUGAUCGCCUUCUUCACUGAGUUUGCCAGCAACACAGCCACCAUCAUCAUCUUCCUCCCGGUCCUUGCUGAACUGGCCAUCCGCCUCCAAGUCCAUCCCCUGUACCUGAUGAUCCCAGGCACGGUCGGCUGCUCCUACGCUUUUAUGCUCCCGGUGUCAACGCCCCCCAACUCCAUUGCCUUUGCUUCUGGACAUCUGCUGGUCAAAGACAUGGUACGAACAGGCUUCCUGAUGAAUCUCGCAGGCGUUUUGCUGCUUAACUUGGCCAUGAAUACGUGGGCCCAGAGCGUCUUCCAGCUGGGGACCUUCCCAGCGUGGGCAGAGGACCACUCAAGCAAUGUGACCACACUGCUCCUUGACAAGUACAACACCACUCUUCGACCUCUCCUCAAUGUCUGAGCCCCUCCCAGUGGGGUUGCUUGAAGGACUCACUUGGAAUGGGGCCCUUCCCAUCCCAGCCAGGCCCUCCCAGAGGGCAUCUCCCACACCUGGUGCUCAUCUCCAACUGGCUAGCCAAGCAAUUUUGUUUCUGAUCAAAUAACUACCAGGUGAAGAAAACCUUCGGGACUCCCGCAGAGGACAUAUUCCUCCUCUACCACCGCUCUCCACUCCAGCCCCCGACUCUCACAUUAUAGGACACAGCUACAUUUUGGACCAGAUAUUCCAGGGAGCUACUUCCUUUACCCCCAAGGUCUCCCAUUAGUAUUCAGUUGAGACUUAUUUCUGUAGGCCUCAGCAGCUGUUGAAGGAUUUGGGUUACAAGAAAUCUUCUUUCUAUGCCCCUCCAUGGU